AUGGAAGUCGAGCAGAUCUUCAACCGUGAGUUGAACGAAGUUCUCAGCCUCAAGGCAGCCGAGAAGAAAAAUGCUGAACUGCUCGAACAUAAGACCAAGCUGGCCGAAGAGUUGAAACAACACCAGGCUGCCUUGACCAAAGCCAUUGAAGCUGAAGAGAAGUACAAGGAGGCUUCUUUGAUUAAUUUCAAGGAAGCCUCUAAGCUUCAAGAUGAUCUGGCCAUCAGCAGAAAGGAGACUGAUGGGUUGGAGGAACGCGUCAAAGAGCUCGAGGAGACCAAUGCUAGUAACCUGGAGAAGUACAAGGGAGCCACUUUUAAAUGCUUCUAUAUGUUCUGGAAGAAUAACCGUGGGGUGGACUUCAACUAUCUACUAGACCGUAUGAGGCAGUUUGAGCUAAACAGGUGUCUAGCUCUCCUUGAAGAGGAGGAGAGAGGGAAAGUUCCAGCAUCCCCCGAAAUCUCUUUGGCUACGGGCAUUGAUGGCUUAGGUGAGGAAAUUGGGGCCUCUGUCGACCAGCAAAUUCCUCAAGAUCCUCCUGCUUCAUAA